AUGGCGACGCCGUUCUGCAAUCAGACGGCGCUGAUGCUGCGCGUCUCUGGUGGGGUUCCCGGUAUGCUGGGGAGCUAUAGCGGAUGCCCAGCCGUGAGUGGCGUGCAGUACUGUCUGCUGUUUCCAACGGAGUCCAAGUGGGGCAACUCGCGCCUCCUUGGUUACUGUCUGCCCGCCACCUGCACACUGCUGCAGAUCGCUCACCACGUCGUGGCGGACCCUAUGCUCAACGAGACAUUUUCUUACAAUAGACUUGUAGACAGCGCGGAUGCAGGAGCGUCACUGGCGCAGUAUGUCCAUUGUACCCCUCGCAUUGCACCUCCCACGGAAGUUCGCACAGAGAAUAUCGUUUCGUGGGCAGUUAUAAGCUUCAUUGUGGUAAUUGUGGUGUUGGCGANGACCUACGACUACUGCCGGCAGAUAACAUCGCGCAGCAUCCCGUUUGAGGUGGUGACGAUGGGAAGAGAUGGGGCCGUCGUUCGCGUGCUUCGGUCCCCCAAUGCAGCAGCAUUUGUGCCUAGAAAUGAAUGCAAUGGAGCGUCGGCGGGGACUGCUCAAACUACUCCCUGCUUUUCGCAGCAACAGAAGCAUCAGCAGCAAGUGGAAUCCCCCGUUUCUCCCGCCAUUUUAGUAGACAUCUCUCAACCACUACUCACGCCGGCAGAGCAGUCCGUCGCACGUGAAGAUGUUGCUGGUGUUUCACCGUCAUCCUUUCCCCCUGUGGAAGGCAUAGUGGAUGAAGUGACGGUGGUGGUGACGCCCCAGCCGAAGUCAAAGCCAUGUCGGGGAUAUGUUUUCCGCCACAAGGAGUAUCACCCCGGUGCAGCUGCAGCAGUAGAAGAAGGUGGUGGCGGUCAUUCUGCGCGCGCAACGACGGGUCUCCUUCCGGAAUUUAAUACAGAGGCGAUCUGGUCAAAUAAGCGAGUGCAGCAAUUUCUGGCGGAGAUGCCUGAAGUGCCUGACUUCCGCUCCGUCGUUAACCGUGUGGUUCUCUGCCUGUCUGCCAUCAACAGUUACCGCAAGUGGCGCUACUACCCCAAGUCCGAGGCGAAUUUGAAUCUCUUCAACAGCUGGAGGGUGCUUGCGUGGCUAUGGAUCAUGUUGUUCAACACCUUUUGGUACUCGCAGCAGAUUCCCACGAUGGAAAAUAUGGGAUCGCGCCACACCGACUUCCUUUAUGCCUUUCUCGAGAAGGAGGUCUUUGCUGGAUUUGCUAUUGGCACAUUCCUCGUUAUUUCUGGUUUCCUGGCUCUGCAUCGUCUGCAUGCCUCUGAGGUGGUCUUCAUGAGUUCCCCAACGGCGCGAAUUAAGGCGGCGCAGCGCACGUCCGUCCAACGCGUGCGAAUCUGCAUUGUGUGGUACGUCAAGUACCUCGUGUCACGAUUUGUGCGUGUCAUUCCCGUCUCGCUUGCAGUUGUGAUACUCACGCCGAGUGCCACGCCGAGUUCCGGGAGUGGGCCCUUCUGGACGCUCUUCGCGCACGCCCCCACUAUGCACACAAACUGUGCGAAGUACUGGUGGACGAACUUCCUGCUUAUCAAUAACAUUCUCCCCACAGACGGUGAUGAACGCUGCUUCCCGUGGUCUUACUACGUGGCGCUGGAGUUUCAACUUGUUGCGAUAGCGCCACUUAUUUGCUUCCUUGGUAAGCACUUGCACCACCGCGUAUUCGGCGCGCUUCUAUUGCUCGCAAUGGCUGCGAGUGCGGCACUACGUUACGUUGAGCUCACGCGCCAGCGCAGCAUCCCCUUCUCACUGAGCGCUGUAUCCCAUUACUCACUUCCGAUCGGGACGGUGUAUCAGUACCCGCACCUCAUGUUCAUCCCGUUCUGCGCCGGGGCGACGCUCUACUACUCCUACAGGGGUGUGCGACAGCGUGAAGAGAUGCUGCGCAUGUUCGGCCCCGAUAUCCUCUACGCAAUACACCGCCUCCGCAACAGCGUCAGCGCAGAAGACAGGGUAAGUUACUGGCUUCUAGAGCGGCUGCAGGUGCGGCGUGUGCGUGUCUGUGCAAUGUGGAGCGGCGUCACCGUCAUGUGUGUCUGCGUCAUCAGCGCGUGGACGGUGCGCCGCGACUCGCGCAGUGGGGAGGAGGUCGGUCAUGGUGUCAAGGUGUACGAGUCGCUCAUUCUCUUCCCGUGGUGUAUCGGUCUAUGCCUGCUCGCCCUGCCGCUGCUUUUCGGCUACGGCGGUAUGUUUCGGCGUGUUCUGAUUCACCGCUUGUGGUGCGGCCCCUCUCGGCUUGUUCUGGUCGCGUACCUCAUGGCGCCUGUCGUGAUUGGCUUCGGCAACGCCAGCAGCUACGGUGUGGCCACCAUGAGCUUUCUGCUUCUUGUUGUACAGUGGUUUGGUUAUACAGUGGCGACGCUCCUCGUGGCAUUUGUGUUUCACAUACUGGUGGAGCGUCCGUGCCUGCACAUCAGUUCGAAGGGUGAGUACUGA